GCAUUUACUGGACGCGCAGAGACGUCAACAGAGAGUGUGGGAGGUACACUUCUGCCAGACGGUCUAAAACAAUUAUUGGAAAUAUGUCGAGGGACACACCCGAAGAAUCAAGUGAAGCUUGUAUUUUCUGUUUAAUAGCCACCGGUCAAGACAAAGAAGCGAAUGUCCUUAAAAAGAACAAGGAGCUGGUGUGUUUCACAGAUAUUUACCCUGCUGCUCCUCACCAUUACCUGGUUGUACCCAUGCAGCACAUCACCAGCUGUCACUCCCUGAACAAGGGACACGUCGGCCUCGUUAAACGUAUGGCUGAGAUGGGGAAAGCAGUGCUACGAGAUCAAGGGAUCACAGAUCCGAACGACAUGAGGAUAGGGUUUCACCAACCUCCCUACACGUCAGUCGAUCACCUCCACCUCCACGUGCUCGCACCCAUCAGCCAGAUCUCAAAGUUCGAGGAGUAUAAAUUCAUCCCAGGAACCUACAAUUUUUUGACAGUGGAGUUUCUAAGAAAGUGUCUAAACGAUAAAGCUUCACCAGGCAAUGGUCCAGGAUACUCCAUGUUGAAUGGAGCCACGUGGAGAUGGUGCUGAAACUGAAUAAUGUAAUAUUUAAAACAACCUGAAAUUGGUGUGGUUAUUUCCGAAGUUCCAGUGAACGCAGCUUUGGGAUGACUCGAUGAGCCCUGUCACCG